CUAGGAAAAGGGAAUCAAACAAGAGACGCGACUUUCGAAUCUGCCUUCGUCGUCAUUGCAUACGCUAUCAAGAUUCAGACUUGCCAUGUUUUAUUCAACUCUAAACUCUGUGCCUGCGAGAGAGAGAGACAGAGAGACAGAGAGAUGGAAAAGCAAGGAAAGAGACGCCGCCGGGUGGUGCUAGUACCAGCGCCGUUCCAAGGCCACAUAAACCCAAUGCUUCAGCUGGGCAGCAUCCUCCACUCCAAUGGCUUCUCCAUCACUGUCGUUCACGCCCAAUACAACUCCCCCAACCCUUCAAUCCACCCCGAUUUCAGCUUUCUUCCCUUACCUGAUACCUCUUCCGACCACAACAUCUUAGCUGGCCAUUUACUAGCUUUUGUAUUGCAGCUUAAUACAAAUUGCAAAGCUCGUUUACAGGAAUGCUUCGCUCAAGUGAUGAGGCAACAGGACUCCGACGAUGGAUUGAUCGCCUGCAUUAUCUAUGAUGAAUUCAUGUACUUCUCUGGAGAAACAGCAGAGGAUCUGAAUCUUCCAAGCAUCAUCUUAAGUACAGCUAGUGCUUCCUAUUUUAUUGCUCGUACUGCCCUUAUCCAACUCAAGACAGAAGGCCAAAUUCCCUUCCCUGAAUUUCGGUCGAAAGAUCUAAUUCCGGAGUGUUAUCCACUCAGGUUCAAGGAUCUGCCUAUUUUUAAAAAAUUAGAGGACUUUUUGCAACUAGUGAAUAAAGCUUCAAACAUUAGAUCAUCUUCGGCCAUUAUUUAUAAUACAAUUGACUGCCUUGAAAAUUCAUCAUUGGCAAAGAUUCAACAGCAAUGUCAAGUUCCAAUCUUCCCUAUAGGCCCAAUGCAUAGGAUUUCCUCGGCCUCCUCUAGCAGCUUAUUGGAAGAGGACACUAGCUGCAUGGCAUGGCUUGAUAAGCAAAAUUUUAACUCAGUCAUUUAUGUAAGCUGGGGAAGCCUAGCAUUGAUGGACGUCAAAGAGCUUGUUGAGAUGGGUUGGGGGCUAGUGAAUAGUCAACAACCUUUCUUGUGGAUGGUUCGGCCAAGCUCCAUUCGUGGUGCUGAAUGGAUUGAGAUACUACCCAAAAGUUUAAUAGAAAAUAUUAGCAAAAGAGGUUACAUUGUGAAAUGGGCACCCCAAAAGGAAGUUCUAGCGCAUGGUGCAAUAGGAGGGUUUUUGAGCCAUUGUGGAUGGAAUUCAAUGCUGGAGAGUAUUUGUGAAGGAGUUCCAAUAAUAUGCAGACCAUGUUUUGGGGACCAGAGAAUGAAUGCAAGGUAUGUGAGCCAUGUAUGGAAUGUAGGUCUGGAAUUGGAGAGUGAGUUGGAGAGAGGUAAGAUAGAGAGAGCUAUAAGAAGACUUAUGGUCGAUGAAGAAGGGAAGGAAAUGCAGAAAAGGGGCAAGAAUUUGAAGGAGAGAGUCGAACUAUGCACUAGAAAAGGUGGUUCUUCCAAUAGCUCAUUGAACAAGCUUAUAGAGAUGAUCAUGUCAUUUUAAUUUCACAAAUGAUUUGAUCAAAACUUCUUUUUUUCUUUUGAUCAAGUUUAAUUAUAUAUUCAAUGUGUUAAACUUGUUGAGGUGCUCCAGUUGAUCUAUAUUUUCUUUCAUCUGUAAACCAUAUA